UUAAAAGGACGGACUAAUGGAUGUACACUUGAACGCAUCUUACCCUUGCGUCACUUAUGCACUAACAGAGCGGACGUAAACUUGUUCGCCGACCGGUUUCAGGUGAUUUUCUUCACAAAUCGGAUGUCAGGCGCGCCAAAGGAGGAAGUUGUGGCAAAGUUCCUGGACGCGUCGUCUCGCGGCAACGAAGCCGAGGUGACGUCCCUGCUGUCCGCCGUCCCGUCUCUGCUGGAGCAGACGGACUCGAGAGGAUGGACGGCCCUCAUGCUCGCAUCGAGAAGCGGACACACUGCCGUGGUCCAAACACUACUUCGACACGGAUGCGACAGGAGUCGGGUGAACAGUAGCGGCCAGAGUGCGUCUGACGUGGCCAAGUUCUGGGGUCACCAGCAUGUCUCGGUCUUACUGGGAGAAGAAGACGGAGAUGGCGUCGGGUUGGAGAACUACUUUGGGGGCGAGCCUCUGGACCGUCUGAGCGCCAAGCGUACUGACGCCGCGUGGCUGGAGGACAGGAAGAAGCAUCCGGGCUCCGUGUUCUUGCUCUUCUCAGACCUCAGCCCCAUGCUGCACCAUGACCAGCAGGGUGUGCAACAUCUGUGUCGUUUGGGCUACGAGGCCAUCAAAGAUCUCCUGGAGGAGCCCGACUCUCUUCUGGUCUUCCUUGGCGUGGAAAAAAGGAGGAGCAGCACGACGGGAUCGGAACACGCAUUGGAGGAGCUCCCGGCCUGGUUUGCCAUCAGCAGCGGCGAGGACGGGGCGGCACUGCUUGCUCGCUGCCUGCACGGGGAGCGCAAGUGCUCAUUUGCCUCAUCGCCGCACCGGGACCUGCUAAACCUCAGUGACGAGGACGCCGGCGUGCUGGCUCCGGCCCGCGCCCUGCUGGCAUGGCACCGACGCUACGCUUUCUGCUCCACGUGCGGAAGUGCCACCGUCUCUGAGGAAGGAGGACACAAGAGGCGCUGCUGUCAGCAACAGUGCCCCAGCAACAGGGGGGUACACAACACAUGCUACCCGCGCACUGACCCCGUGGUCAUCAUGCUGGUGGUCCACCCGGGAGGAAACCAGUGUCUCCUGGGCCGGAAAAGCGUCUUCCCGGCCGGAAUGUUCUCCUGCCUGGCCGGCUUCGUAGAACCCGGUGAGACGCUGGAGGCAGCGGCGCGGCGCGAGGUGUGCGAGGAGAGCGGCGUGCGAGUGGGUGCCGUUCGCUACAUUUCCUGUCAGCCGUGGCCCAUGCCCUCGCAGCUUAUGAUUGGCUGCCAUUGCGUCGCCGUGACGACAGACAUCAGCGUGGACCGCAGCGAGAUAGAGGAGGCCAGAUGGUUUCCGCGGCAAGAGGUGAUGGAGGCGCUGCUGGGUGGAGAAUCCCGCCUGGGUCCCGUCCCGUCAGGUCUCAUCCUACCGCCCAAGCAGACCAUUGCUCACCAGCUCCUGCGACACUGGAUCAGCAAAGCCGCCAAUCUAUGAACUUUGGACUCAAAAUACUGUGGGACCACGGAAUCAGCAGAAAACAUUUCAACAGUCAUUCGACAAAAUUAAUAAAAUGAUUUGUUUACCUCCAAAUAAAAGUUGUUCCACUGUCAAGCCUGAAGAAUUGCUGGUUAACCAACCAGAAAUUGUGGAAAUUCCCUCAAUGGAUUCUAGUGCGGAACCAAGCCCUGCUGCAAAGAGCAAUUUAUGAUUUACGUGAGAUGCCCAAAAAAUGGUGGCAAGAGCUGCGUUAAAAGGCACUCACUUCAAAAUCGCUCAUUGGAUUCAAGAUGGAACGAAAGGAAUAUUAUCAUUCCCUUUGGCUUGAGCCCAAAAAAUGACA